AAAAGCAACGACAAUUACAAAAGAGAGUAAAAAUAAAGUAACCUAAAACUCGGAGGAAAGCAGAAGGGGAAGAGUCAGCAAUGGAGGCGAGGGUUGCAGGAGUGCCCGAAGACGAAGAGUCCGGCCUCCUCCCCCGCCCGUCCGCAGCCGGCCGACGGCCGUCCUCUCGCGGUGCCCGCUUCCCGCCUCCACCGGCAGCCUGGGCGACGGUGGACGGCCCCCUCGGGCUUCCGCUGGAGGACGCGGAGGGCCACGCCCGCCGCUUCUUCAUGUGGGGUUUCGCGUGCCUCCCCUUCCUCUGGGCCAUCAACUGCUGCUACUUCUGGCCCGUCCUCCGCUCGUCGGUCGCCUCCUCGCCCGCCGCCUUCGCCCCCAUCCGCCCCUAUGUUGUGCGGUCGGCAAUUGGCUUCACCAUCUUCUCCGUUGUUCUGGUCACCUGGGCCACGACCUUCGUCGUCGGAGGCGAGCGGUUAUUUGGGCCAGUGUGGAAUGAUCUUGUGAUGUACAAUGUCGCCGACAAGCUUGGCAUCUCUGGAUUCAUGGGAUGAGCCUGCGAUGUCUCCCUCGCUUCAGCUGGGCUCGCUUCACCCAAGCGUGGAACGAUCUAUUCCAUCCAUCUCCCUAGGGAUUACCACUGUCUCAUGUACUUUAUUGUUGUUAUUAUUAUUGACAGACUGACUGGUCAGAACAAUGUCUAGCAUGGCUAGCUCAUGUUAUAGAAGGAAUAUGGAUCGAUGAAAACGAUGA